GGGCGAGGCCUGGCAGCGGUGCUGCCUGGUAGGCACAGGCCGCAGAGGCUGGAGAAGCGGAGGAGUGAUACCCCGAAGCCAUGGCGGCGGUGGUGGCGGCGGCGGCUGUGCGGUCCCGGAUCCUGCAGGUUUCUUCCAAAGUAAACUCCACCUGGUAUCCAGCAUCCUCCUUCUCUUCUUCAGUGCCAACAGUAAAACUCUUCAUUGAUGGCAAAUUUGUUGAAUCCAAAAGUGACAAAUGGAUUGACAUCCACAACCCAGCCACCAAUGAGGUUAUUGGUCAGGUCCCUCAGUCCACCAAGGCUGAAAUGGACGCAGCCAUUGCUUCCUGCAAACGUGCUUUCCCUGCAUGGGCAGACACAUCAGUGUUGAGCCGGCAGCAGGUCCUGCUCCGCUAUCAACAACUUAUUAAAGAAAACUUGAAAGAAAUUGCCAAGUUGAUCACCUUGGAACAAGGGAAGACCCUAGCUGAUGCUGAAGGAGAUGUAUUUCGAGGCCUUCAGGUGGUUGAGCAUGCCUGUAGUGUGACAUCCCUCAUGCUGGGAGAGACCAUGCCUUCUAUCACCAAAGACAUGGACCUUUAUUCCUAUCGUCUGCCCCUGGGAGUGUGUGCAGGCAUUGCUCCUUUUAAUUUCCCUGCCAUGAUCCCCCUUUGGAUGUUUCCCAUGGCCAUGGUUUGUGGAAAUACUUUCCUAAUGAAACCAUCAGAGCGAGUCCCUGGAGCAACUAUGCUUCUUGCUAAGCUGCUUCAGGAUUCUGGUGCCCCUGAUGGAACACUGAACAUUAUCCACGGACAACAUGAAGCUGUAAAUUUUAUUUGUGAUCACCCGGACAUCAAAGCAAUCAGCUUUGUGGGAUCCAACCAGGCAGGAGAGUAUAUCUUUGAGAGAGGAUCAAGACAUGGCAAGAGGGUCCAGGCUAAUAUGGGAGCCAAAAACCAUGGGGUAGUCAUGCCAGAUGCCAACAAGGAAAAUACACUGAACCAGCUGGUUGGGGCAGCAUUUGGAGCUGCUGGUCAGCGCUGCAUGGCUCUUUCAACAGCAAUCCUUGUGGGAGAAGCUAAGAAGUGGCUUCCAGAGCUGGUGGAGCGUGCCAAAAAACUGAGAGUCAAUGCGGGAGACCAGCCUGGAGCUGAUCUUGGCCCUCUGAUCACCCCUCAGGCCAAAGAGCGAGUCUGUAAUCUGAUUGAUAGUGGAACAAAGGAGGGAGCUUCCAUCCUUUUGGAUGGGCGAAAAAUUAAAGUCAAAGGCUAUGAAAAUGGUAACUUUGUUGGACCAACCAUCAUCUCAAAUGUCAAGCCAAAUAUGACCUGUUACAAAGAAGAGAUUUUUGGUCCAGUUCUUGUGGUUCUGGAGACAGAAACAUUAGAUGAAGCCAUCAAGAUUGUAAACGACAACCCCUAUGGAAAUGGAACUGCCAUUUUCACCACCAAUGGAGCCACUGCUCGGAAGUAUUCUCACCUGGUGGAUGUUGGACAGGUCGGAGUGAAUGUCCCUAUUCCAGUGCCUUUGCCAAUGUUCUCAUUCACUGGUUCUCGAUCAUCCUUCAGGGGAGACACCAAUUUCUAUGGCAAACAGGGAAUCCAGUUCUACACUCAGCUAAAGACCAUCACUUCUCAGUGGAAAGAAGAAGAUGCUACUCUUUCCUCACCUGCUGUAGUCAUGCCUACCAUGGGCCGUUAGAAACAAGUUUCUCCAAGACUCAGUCCAUCCUGAGAAAUCUCUAUUCUUGACCAGCUUCGUUUGUCAACUUUGCUCAGAUUAGAUCCUUGAGAUUGGAAUAUGUUGUUAUUAAACUCUUUCUCAGGCUCUUGGCCCCUUCAGAGUUGUGUAGGGAGACCCGUAGUGUAACACUAACUCCAGAUUUUUAUUUGCUCUUCAUACUUCUGCUUUGAAGGCAACUCUUGUAACUAUAAUGCUUAUCUGGAAUAAGAGCUUAGAUCAGUUUUCUAAAACCUUUUCCCCUUUUCUAAUGACCUGAAGGAGGGUAAGGUCAAUGUAUGUACAGAUGAUCUUCCAAAAAUUGGAAAAAGAAUCCUUGGAUGGGAAAACAGGAUAGAACUAGUUCAUGAACUCUGGUUGAGCCUCCAAGACAGCCCUCAUCAAUGCCAGUGGGCAAGACCCCUCUGCCAAGUUUUCCUGAGCCUCUUGCUCAUUCCCUCACUGACACAAAGUAUAAUCAAUCCAUUUCUAUUUAUCCCAACAUUGUGAUCACUGCUCUUUCUUUUCUUUGCCACUUUGUUGUCCCUGUGAUUCAUGACCACUAAUUCUAUCAUUGUCCCCAUUUCUGCUUCUUAAAAUCAAAUCUCAAGGAUACCUCUGUAUGCAAUGGAUAAAUUAAUGUUUUAUGUGCCAAAUGUUAAGUUUCAGGGUUUACUUCAACAAUCAUUUAUCAGUGCUUCAGUCAUUAAUUCAGAUGCAAAAUAGUUUUCUUAGAAAAUUAUUUCAAAAGUUAUUUUAGACCCAGAAAUAAAGGAGGGGUCCACCCACAAAACUGCAUUAGAUUCUUGCCUUACGCAAGUCAUAUAUGCUAUUAUUUGCCAAAUUUUUUAUUUUUUUAUUGUUUUUAUUUUUUGGUACCAGGGAUUAAACACAGGGGUGCUUAACCACUGAGCUAUGUCCCUAGCCUUUUUUAUUUUUUGAGACAGGUCUUGCUAAGUUGCUUAGGGCCUCACUAAGUUGUUGAGGCUGGCUUUGAACUUGCAAUCCUCCUGCCUCAGCCUCCUGAGUCGUUGUAAUUAUAGACAUGUGUCACCACACUUGGCUUGCCAAAUUUUAUAUAUUACUCUUUUCUCUUGCCUGCAAUUAUCAUAAGUGAUACCUUUUAAUGAGAGAAUUCCUCAUCUGAUUAAUUAGGGUCUAAUAAAUUUUUAAGUUUUUCAGUA